AUGCAGAUUGCAGCUCUCGCUCUCUUCGCAGGCGAUAUGGCUCUCUCACAAGAGACAUGCCAGGUAGCUAAAUCUCUAAUUAAUGGCCAGAUAAGGCCUAAUGGCUCCCAGCCAAUGGAACUGGUGAGGACACGCAGCUGGCACUACUCCAAUUUCAAUCUUGGCGCACAUCUGCGCUUCGCACUUGUGGCCAAGAAGGUUGGCCUAGAUCUGUUCGGUUAUGAGGGGCCUGACGGACAGAGUCUGUUUAGAGCGACGGAAUUUUUGUUGGCAGCUGCGGGAGAAGGGCAGAGCGCGUGGGACUUCCAGGAACUGGACUUUCAGCCGUAUGCGGCGACGGAUAAUGUAGAGGCAGUAGCUGAUGCAGGAAACCGCAAAGCGCAGGCUGUUCUGUAUCGGCUUCCCCCGCCACCAGGUGGGAAUAUUUAUAUGCUUAGGCCGGCUGCCGAGCAGUUGGAUAAUAUUGCCGGGUAG